AUGACUUAUUUUCAAAGACACCAACAAAGACAAGAACAAAGACAACAACUAAAAAUGUCGGAACGAGAAGCACUAACAAUCGAAGAAAGAGUCGCAAGUCGAUCAGAUUUAGAUACGCUAUCAUGUGCAAUAUGUUUGUCGUUGGUGGCUGCACCAAUCAAGCAAUGUGCGUCUGGUCAUCUUGGUUGUGGUGGUUGCUUGGAUCAAAUAGCGAGGUCAGCAAAUCCAAUUUGUCCUCAAUGUAGAAUACCAAUUUCAAAUGGUAGAUUGUCAAGAUCACUCGUUGCUGAUCAUAUGUUAUCAUCGUUAAAGGUUCAUUGUGUGAAUCACUUUAAAUAUAGUCAUCAACGAAAGAAAUGGGAAAAGAACGCAAGAGGAUGUCAAGAGAUUGUAACUGUAGCGACAUCAGACAAUCACAAGUUAACUUGUCAAUACGUUCUUGUAAAAUGUCAACACAAAGGUUGUAAUGAAGAAUCAUUAAAUGAUGAAAUGGCUAAUCAUAUUGUACAAUGUGAAUACCGAUCAAAUAUACCAUGUCCCUUUGAUGACAUAUGUAAAUUUACUGGAACAACGACACAAUUGGCUCAACAUAUUCUAAAUUCGAUAUACGAACAUGUUAAAGUCAACAAAGAGAUAGAGGAUAUUAAAAUCAGGUCACUAGAACAAGAAUUGUCAAAAAGUGGUUCUAGAAUCAAGUCACUAGAAAAAGAAUUAAAAGAGUGCAAAGAAUCAAUCAAAAUUCAUUGUGAGAAUCAAUUCAAGUAUAGUAAAGAUAGCAAGAAAUGGGAAAAAGAUGCAAGAGGAUGUCAAGAGAUCGUAACAGUUGCAACAUCAGACAAUCACAAGUUGAUUUGUAAAUAUAAUCUUGUAAAAUGUCAACAUAAAGGAUGCGAUGUAGAAUUAUUAAAAGAUGAUAUGGCUAAUCAUCUUGCACAAUGUAAAUACCAACCAAAAGAAGAAAAGAUAUCAUGUCCAUUUGGAACUGAUAUCUGUAAAUAUACUGGUACAAAGACAGAAAUCGAUCAACAUAUUCUCAAUUCGAUAUCUCAUCAUAUUAACGUCAACAAUCAAAGAAUAGAUGAUCAAAUCAAAUCACUUCAACAAGAAUUUAAAGAUUGCAUGAAAUCAAUCAAGGAAUCAAAUAAAAAUACAAAGGAAGAGAUUCAAAACUCAAUAUCUAUGCAUAUUGAGGCCAACAAUCAAAUAACAGAUACUAAUGUAGAGGAUCUAAGACUAGAAUUGAUGGAAUUAAUCAAGGAAUCAAACAAACAUGCAGUGAUUCAAUUUGAAUGGGUAAUCCCAAACUACCUUUUAAAAUGUCCACCACCAAAAGCUCGUCAAGGCUGA